UGACAGCUUUAAAAGGCUGGGUGACUCCCUCCUGAUUAGGUACGCUUUAACAAACUCUCUUAACACUCUAACCCUCUCUGUUGUGACCAGUACAUGGAAAUGGAGGACCAAAUGGAAAGCCAAAAGAGAAGAGGAAUGAGCAAAGAAGACUUAAUAUCCGAACGGAGAGGGUCUUUAGGAUGCAUCGGUUGGUUCAUAGUCAUAAUCUCUGGCAUCUUCACAAUUUGCCUCUUCCCCAUCACCAUCUGGUUUUGUCUGAAGAUUGUUCAGGAGUAUGAGCGAGCUGUCAUCUUCAGACUGGGCCGGAUCACGGACAGGAAGGCGAAGGGACCGGGAAUUUUCUUCAUUUUGCCAUGCACUGACUCCUUUGUGAAGGUGGAUCUGAGAACAGUUUCAUUUGACAUCCCACCACAAGAGAUCCUGACCAAGGACUCAGUCACAAUUUGUGUGGAUGGAGUGGUGUACUUCCGGGUCAGUGACCCCAUCGCCUCUGUGGCCAACGUGUCUAAUGCUGACUUUGCCACCCGUCUUCUGGCUCAAACCACCCUCAGAAAUGUCCUGGGGACUAAGAACUUGGCUGAGGUCUUGUCUGAUCGCGAGGGCAUCGCUCACAGCAUGCAGACUAACCUGGAUGAAGCCACGGACAACUGGGGCAUCAAGGUGGAACGUGUGGAGAUUAAAGAUGUGAAGCUGCCAAUUCAGUUGCAGAGAGCCAUGGCUGCUGAAGCGGAGGCUGCAAGAGAGGCCAGAGCCAAGGUGAUUGCAGCAGAGGGUGAGAUGAACGCAUCUCGUGCCCUUAAGGAGGCGUCACUCGUGAUUGCAGAGUCUCCGUCCGCCCUGCAGCUUCGCUACCUGCAGACUCUCAACACCAUUGCAGCAGAGAAGAACUCUACCAUCAUCUUCCCUCUGCCCAUGGAUGUCAUGACCCACUUCAUGCGGAAGUGAUUCCUCAGUGAUACGUCAGUUUGUUCGUCCUCUGAAGUCACUGUUAGAUAAAACUUAGAUUGGAUUGAGGUACAUUUCUGCAGCUGCAUGUAAAAUAACUGUCAGGAUGCAAGAUAAUGCUAUUGUCAAAUAGUUGACUUUUUUUUUGGACUGAUCACAGAAACACCUCUAUGGUUUAUGUAGUCAAGCUGUGACCAGGCCAGGCCUGCUAACCAAUGUGAUUUAGACAACAUACAGAGUACUCAGCAUGGUUUACAUGUCUUUGACAAAUUUUGUCAUGACCUUGGUAUUAUAUAAAAUUAGAUUAAAAAUUGUGUCUCAUUCAUGAUAUUAAACCGUAUGAUGUGAUGUUGAUCAGUUACACAUUUUAAUACAUUAAAAUGUUUCAAAGUAAA